AUGAAGUCAGAUGAAACCAUAAGUGAAAUGUAUGAUAGAUUUGUGGAGAUUAUAGGAGGAAUUAAAUCUCUUGGGAAGACAUUCACAAAUGAGGAGCUAGUAAAAAAGAUUUUAAGAAGUCUUCCUAAGGAGGGGCUAUCCAAAGUAACUUCACUCAAGGAUUCCAAGGACUUGAGCAAGGUACAACUUGAUGAGCUCUUAGGAAAUCUCAUUGACUAUGAGAUAACCUUCAAAAGAGAGCAAGUGGAGGAACCCAACAAAGCCAAAAAGACCAUUGCCUUCAAAGUAUCUUCUGAAAACUCAAGUGAUGAAGAUGAUGAGUUUGAUGAAAAAGAAUUGGCUCUAAUGACAAGGAGAAUAAGGAAGAUGCUCUUCCAAAACAAGAAGUUCAUCCCAAAGAGGAACUUCAAGAAGGACAAGGGAGAAAGUAACAAGAGGGAUCCUCUCACAUGCUUUGAAUGCAAUAAGCCGGGUCACAUUAGAACGGAUUGUCCCAAAUUGAAGAAGCCUUUCAAGAAGUUCAAGAAGAAGGCACUUAAAGCAACAUGGAAUGAAUCAAGUGACUCUGAAGAUGAGGAGAUUGUUAAUGCUCUUAAAGUUAUGAAUGAUGAACUAGAAUUAACUUAUAAGAGAAAUAAACUUUUGAAAAGUGAGCUUGCUAGUUUAAGGAAGGAGAAUGAAACCUCAACUAAGGUUAAUAGACCUUUAGAUAGAAAGGACAAACUUGAUACAAUUUUGGACUCUCAAAGGUCUCCUAGCAUCAAGUAUGGACUUAGCUAUAGUAAAUUUGCCCAAGCACCUCUUUCCAAAACCAUCUUUGUUAAAGCAUCUAGUUCUAAUGAGCCUAGUCCCCAAGUGCCUAGUCCAAAGGUGUCCAAUCUUAAAGGACAAGAGCCAAAGAAAUCUUAUGGUAAUGAAACUAGAAAGACUUCAUUUCAUCAAUAUGCUUCCAGACAAAAUGUGUGCUUGAAAUCCUCAAAGCUUGAAAGUAAGUGGUACUUGGAUAGUGAAUGUUCAAGACACAUGACCGGAAAUGCCAAUCCCUUCCUUUCACUUGAAAAGAAAGAUGGAGAUGGGCAAGUGACUUUUGGUGAUAAUGGUAAAGGUAAUCUUGAUGAGUUGACUCUUGAAGAUUCUCAAUCUAGUGGAAUUCAAGAUCAACACAUGGAAGAUCCCUUGAAGGACUUGGGAGUUGAUCAAGUUGAGCUUCAAAAGCAACAAGGUCAACAAGUUCCACAUCAAGAAGUUUAA